AUGAGUUCCCUCCCUUUUACACCACCACCGUCACCGGGAAAUUCUGCUUCCGGUUAUCGAAUUUACGCCUCGUUUUGCUCAGGGGAGGUAGAACCUAAUCUAAGUGUCACAAAUUGGUUAGAGUCUUACGACCCUUAUAGCAACACAUGGACUUAUGCUAGCUCAGUUCCAGGACUAAAUGAGGACCAUGUGUUAAAGGGCUCUGCCAUGAUAUCAGUUGGAACUUCAAUUUACAUAAUUGGAGGAAGAUUAUGCCUUAAAGGGAGAGUACGGAGUUCAUAUGAAUUUGAUGAAAUUUUAGACACAGAUGUGGAAGUACUUUCAAGUGUAUGCUGCUACAAUAUCCACACUGAGGAAUGGUCUAAUUGUGCACCCCUCAGCGUACCUAGAUAUGAUUUUGCGUGCACUGUUUGUGACAACAAGAUCUAUGUUGCUGGUGGUGCUAGGGGCACUGCUUCCGCUGAAGUGUAUGAUCCCCUGAUCGAUAAAUGGACUCCCCUGCCGAACAUGAGCAGAUUGAGGUACAAAUCUGUAGGUGUGACGUGGCGAGGGAAAGUCCACGUGGUCGGCGGAUUCGUCCAAUCGUGUUACAUAGAUCGGUGCUCGGCUGAGGUGUACAAUGUACAGAGUGGCAAGUGGGACCUUGUUUCGGGGAUGUGGCUGUUGGACGUGCCACCUAAUCAAAUUGCUGAAGUGGAUGGCCAUCUGUUUAGCUCUGGGGAUUGCCUGAGUGCAUGGAAAGGUCAUAUUGAAUUCUACGAUGGAAAACUCAAUAUAUGGAACGUGGUUGAAGGGUCACAACUAAAAAGAUUUCCAUCUCCAGUUUCCACAUAUCUAAAAUAUGGCGGUGAAGAAGGCUUCGAACCCAUUCAACGGCUUUACCUAACUAUGGCACCAAUUGGAAGUCAUCUGUAUUUCUUGGCUGGUUAUAAGGUGCCAGGGGAAUCAUCAAGAACAAUUUCAAUGGUCCAUUCAUUCGACACAUCUGCAACAACAGCAACAGCAGAUCAUGCAUGGAGGAGCUUUGAGCCGAUUGAAGAAGAGGGAGUGAGGGAGCUCUGCAGCCAUUGUUGUGCAGUCCAACUAUCUUAG